AUGUCAGGCAGAGGGACUCUGGAGCAUCCCUCUGGGGCAAUGUAUGAAGGGGACUUGUACCACGGCACUGGGACAUACAGAUUCCCUGAUGGGACCAAAUAUUGCAGAAGCAAGAACAGGUUGGAGGGUGAUGGGAAGUUCACAGAUUCUCAGAGACUUGUUUGGACUGGAGGCAUCCACAACAAGGCAGCUCCUGGCUUGAAACUUAAACUCAACAUGUAA